UUCCCGGAGGGCCAGCUGGGUCUCAGCACACACUGCUGUGCUGGCGGGAGCUGCUGCCUGGCUGCCGUGAGCUGUGUUACUGGCGCUUCGGGAUGUGAGGCAGGACAGACGGGGACCAGCACGUGCCUGCCGGGCAGGGGUCUUGGCGCCUUCUCGUAGCCGCAGAUGAGACCUCCAUGGCCGUCCCGAGGUGCAGGUGCUGAAACACUCCCGCCCGUCGCUGUUGGCCCUGCUCCCAUUUCUCUGUCGGUACCUAAAUGCCACAGUGCUCUUGGGGCAGCCUGGGCUGGGAGCCGCUGUUGCCUUUGAGACCCUCAAACCAUGGGAAACGCAGAGAGUCAGAAUGUAGCGCACGAGUUCUACGGAGAGAAGCAUGCCAGCCUGGGGCGCAAACACACGUCCCGCUCCCUGCGCCUGUCCCACAAGGCGCGGCGCACCCGGCACGCGUCCUCCGGGAAGGCCAUCCCCCGCAGCUCCGAGGUGAGCACGCGGUCCAGCAGCACCCCCAGCAUCCCGCAGUCGCUGGCGGAGAACGGCCUGGAGCCCUUCGCCCCGGAGGGCGGCCUGGAGGAUUUCGGGAGCCCCAUCUGGGUGGACCGCGUGGACAUGGGCCUGCGACCCGUGUCGUACACCGACUCCUCCGUGGCGCCCAGCGUGGACAGCAGCAUCGUCCUCACGGCGGCCUCGGUGCAGAGCAUGCCGGACGCGGAGGAGAACAGGCUCUACGGGGAUGGUGCGCCCCCUCUGGCCGAGGGAGGCAGGCGACAGCACCCCUAUGCCUGCGCCGGGCCGGCGUUCCCGGAGGCCAGCAGCUUCAAGAAGAAGCGCUCCAAGUCUGCGGACAUCUGGCGGGAGGACAGCCUGGAGCUCUCGCUGUCUGACCUGAGCCAAGAACAUCUGACGAGCAACGAGGAGAUUCUGGGUGCCGCCGAGGAGAAGGACUGCGAGGAGGCUGGGGGCAUGGACCCCCGGGCCGGCCCGCGGCCCCCCGGCCCCUGCCAGCGGGCCAAUUCCCUGAGCGACUUGUACGCCCAGAAAAGCCCCGGGGCCAUGGCCAACGGGGGCCCCAGGGGCAAGUGUGCAGGCCACUGUCGGAACUUGCUGCCCGACGGCCCCCACCUCGCCCACCGGAAGAUGCCAGCCGCUGCCCAAGAGGGUGCCCCCUGCAGCACCUACAACACCCUCCCCUGCAGGAAGUCCCACUGCCUGUCCGAAGGGGCCACCAACCCGCAGCUCAGCCACAGCGGCAGCAUGCAGGGCCGGAGAGCCCAGACGACCCAGGAUGUCAACGCGGGCGAGGGCAGCGAGUUCGCAGACAGCGGGAUCGAAGGGGCCGCCACGGACACGGACCUGCUGUCCCGGCGCUCCAAUGCCACGCACUCCAGCUACUCGCCGCCGCCCGGGCGCGCCUUCGUGGGCAGCGACAGCGGCAGCAGCACGGGGGACGCCGCGCGCCAGGGCGUCUACGAGAACUUCCGCCGGGAGCUGGAGCUGAGCGCCGCCAACUGCGAGAGCCUGGAGGACGCGGGCUCCGCGCACAGCGACGAGCACUCCAGCGGCGCCCCCAGCUCGCCCGGCCGCUCCGACGUGCUGCGGGCCGCGGCGCGGGGCACGGUGCGCAAGGCGGGCGCGCUGGCCGUCAAGAACUUCCUGGUGCACAAGAAGAGCAGGAAGGUGGAGCCGGCCGCGCGCAGGCGCUGGAAGCACUACUGGGCGUCCCUGAAAGGUUGCACGCUGCUGUUCUACGAGAGUGACGGCAGCUCGGGCAUCGAGCCGGCCAGCGUCCCCAAGCACGCCGUGUGGGUGGAGAACAGCAUCGUGCAGGCCGUGCCCGAGCACCCCAAGAAGGACUUCGUCUUCUGCCUCAGCAACUCUCUGGGCGACGCCUUCCUCUUCCAGACCACCAGCCAGACGGAGCUGGAGAACUGGGUCACCGCCAUCCACUCGGCAUGCUCAGCGGCCGUCGCCAGACAUCACCACAAGGAGGACACGCUCCGCCUCCUGAAGUCGGAGAUCAAGAAGCUGGAGCAGAAGAUCGACAUGGAUGAGAAGAUGAAGAAGAUGGGCGAGAUGCAGUUGUCUUCCGUCACCGACGCCAAGAAGAAGAAAACCAUCCUGGACCAGAUCUUCGUGUGGGAGCAGAACCUUGAACAGUUCCAGAUGGACCUGUUUCGUUACCGCUGCUACCUGGCCAGCCUCCAGGGCGGGGAGCUGCCGAACCCCAAAAGGCUCCUCGCGUUUGCCAGCCGACCAACAAAGCUGGCCAUGGGGCGCCUGGGGAUCUUCUCUGUGUCGUCUUUUCACGCCCUGGUGGCAGCCCGCACCGGCGAGACGGGCGUGAGGCGGCGGACGCAGGCCAUGUCCCGGUCCACCAGCAAGCGGAGGAGCAGGUUUUCUUCUCUCUGGGGACUGGACACAACCUCCAAGAAGAAGCAGGGUCACCCGAGCAUCAACCAGGUGUUCGGGGAGGGGCCGGACGCCGUCAAGCAGUCCUUAGAGGGCGUGUUCGAUGACGCCGUCCCAGAUGGCAAGCUGGAGAAGGAGAUGGGCUUACCCAGCGUCCACCAGCAGACUCCCGACUGCGACCUCUGGGCCCAUGAGCGCUUCACUCCGUCCUGGUUCUGUCUGCCCAGCAACCAGUCUGCGCUGACGGUCGUGCGCCCGGGAGACACUGCGCGGGACACGCUGGAGCUGAUCUGCAAGGCUCACCAGCUGGAUCACUCCGCCCAUUACCUGCGUCUGAAAUUUCUCAUCGAGAACAAAAUGCAGGUGUACGUGCCGCAGCCCGAGGAGGACAUCUAUGAGCUGCUGUACCAAGAAAUUGAAAUUUGCCCCAAAGUCACUCAGAGCAUCCAGGUGGAGCGGUCGGACACAGCCGGCGAGAAUUACGGGUUCUCACUGUCCUCUGUGGAAGAAGAUGGUGUUCGAAGGCUGUACGUGAACAGUGUCAAGGAAACGGGGUUAGCCUCCAAGAAAGGUCUGAGGGCAGGAGACGAGGUUCUCGAGAUCAACGGUCACGCUGCCGCCUCGCUGAGCUCAGCCGCGCUCAGAGACUUCCUCUCGCAGCCCAGCCUGGGCCUCCUGGUGAGGACGCGGCCCGCGCAGGAGGGGGGCCCCCCGCUGCUGGAAAACCCGCCCCACAGAGCUGACGGCCCUGCGGACCCCGGCCAGGGCCCCCUUGCCCUGCUCGCCAGCAGCCCAGGGCACAGCCCGGGCACGCAGGGCAGCAGUGCUGAGACCACCACCUCCGAGGAGGCCGAGGGGCCGGACGCGGAGUCCUCGGAUGACACCGACCGCAGCAGCAAGAGCACGGAACAGGGGGCCGCGUUCUACCGCAGUCUGCAGGAGAUGAACCCCAGUGACUUGAGCCCGUCCCCCCAGGACUCCAGCGGGCCGCAGCCGGCCACGAGGCAGCUCACGGACGCCGACAAGCUGCGCAAGGUGAUCUGUGAGCUCCUGGAGACCGAGCGCACCUACGUGAAGGACUUAAACUGUCUCAUGGAGAGAUACCUACAGCCUCUUCAAAAAGAAACCUUUCUCACCCAAGACGAGCUCGACGUGCUCUUUGGGAAUUUAACGGAAAUGGUCGAGUUUCAAGUAGAAUUCCUUAAAACGCUGGAGGAUGGCGUGAGGCUGGUGCCGGACCUGGAGAAGCUGGAGAGGGUGGAUCAGUUUAAGAAAGUGCUGUUCUCCCUGGGUGGCUCCUUUCUGUACUACGCCGACCGCUUCAAGCUGUACAGUGCUUUCUGCGCCAGCCACACGAAGGUCCCCAAGGUCCUGGUGAAAGCCAGGACGGACGCGGCCUUCAAGGCCUUCCUGGACGCGCAGAACCCCAAGCAGCAGCACUCGGCCACGCUGGAGUCGUACCUCAUCAAGCCCAUCCAGAGGGUGCUCAAGUACCCGCUGCUGCUGCGGGAGCUGUUCGCGCUGACGGACGCCGACAGCGAGGAGCACUACCACCUGGACGUGGCCAUCAAGACCAUGAACAAGGUGGCCAGUCACAUCAACGAGAUGCAGAAGAUCCACGAGGAAUUUGGGGCCGUGUUCGACCAGCUGAUUGCUGAGCAGACCGGCGAGAAGAAAGAGGUGGUGGACCUGAGCAUGGGGGACCUGCUGCUGCACACGACCGUGAUCUGGCCGAACCCGCCCGCCUCGCUGGGGAAGUGGAAGAAGGAGCCGGAGCUGGCCGCCUUCGUCUUCAAGACCGCUGUGGUCCUUGUGUAUAAAGACGGCUCCAAACAGAAGAAGAAACUUGUCGGCUCUCACAGGCUCUCCAUCUACGAGGAGUGGGACCCCUUCCGGUUUCGGCACAUGAUCCCCACGGAAGCCCUGCAGGUCCGCGCCGUGGCCACUGCAGAUGCAGAAGCCAACGCCGUGUGUGAGAUUGUCCACGUGAAGUCAGAGUCGGAAGGGAGGCCGGAGAGGGUGUUCCACCUGUGCUGCAGCUCCCCCAAGAGCCGGAAGGACUUCCUGAAGGCCGUGCACUCGAUCCUCCGUGACAAGCACAGGAGGCAGCUUCUCAAGACCGAAAGCCUGCCGUCGUCCCAGCAAUACGUCCCUUUCGGAGGGAAACGGUUGUGCGCGCUGAAGGGGGCCAGGCCAGCCAUGAGCAGGGCAGUGUCCGCCCCCAGCAAGUCUCUUGGCAGAAGGAGGCGGCGCCUGGCUCGGAACAGGUUUACCAUCGACUCUGACGCCGUGCCUGCCAGCAGCCCCGAGGGAGAGUCCCAGCAGCCCCCCGGCGCCGGGGACACUGACCGGUGGGUGGAGGAGCAGUUCGACCUCGCGCGGUACGAGGAGCCGGACGGCGUCAAGGAGACGGACAUCCUCAGCGACGAUGACGAGUUCUGUGAGGCCGCCAGGGGCGCCGACGGGGACAGAGACCUGCCCGAGCGGCUCCGGGCCGCCUCCCUCGGGCAGCGGGAGAGAGGCCGCCAGAGCCUGGACAGCCACGAGUCCCGCAUGACGCAGCUGAGGAAGCAGGAGGCGCUGUCGGGCGUGGACACGGGCCCCGAGCGCUCGGGCGAGGACGUCAUCUGGGUCCGGCGGGAAGACUUCGGCCCGGCCCGGAAACUGAACACGGAGAUCUGACUGGGCCCCUCCGUGCUGUAGAUACUCGUCCCCGCCCCCUCCGGCCCCCCCGGCCCCCUCGAGGACGAGAAUGUCCCCUUCGGGUGCACUCUUGCACAGUCUGGGAGCCACUGCCCUGAAGCCACGCGCCACCCGGGCGUCACUCUAACAGCAGCGUCAGAAAGAACCGUCCUGAACCCAGACGAAGGCCGUCUGUGGUCUCAGCGUCAGGGCCAGAGAGUCGAGAAGGUUCCGUAGCCGUGGGAAUCAGACUCGGGAGGUCAGGUGCACACCAGGUUAGGGGAGCGGAGAAGGAGCAGACAGACCACCCGCUGACACCCAUCGCCGUGGCUCCUGUUGGGGUCACAGCGGGAGGAAGAGCACCCUGCUCCUCCCCUGCGGUCUGGGGUGCCUGCUCCCGGGGCCUGUGAGCAGACGGCGUCUCCAUGAGCCUCCCCCUGCUUUGGUCUUGGCCGCUCACACCAGGUCCGAGUUUGGAAGUUCUGUGCCAAGAACGACG